AGUUGAUUCACAACGUUUGUAGGAAGACCAGUUAGGAGACCAUUGCAGUAGUCCAGCCGACUAGAAAUAAAAGCACGAAUAAGUUUCUCUAAGUCUGGCCUGGACAUGAGACCUCUGACUCUUGAUAUUUGAUGAAGGUGAUAAAACGCUGAUUUAUUUAUAGCCUUAUUAGGUCCGGAGAAGUUCAGGUCGGAGUCAAUAAUAACACCAAGAUUUCUAAUCUGGGUUUUUGUCUUCAUUCCUCUUAUUCCCUUACCUAGCUGGGUAAGGGAAGCUGAUUCCAUUUGUGAGCAGCAUAUUAACCUAGCUGAGCAAUAACAUCCAUUUUAUCCUUCUUGUUGCCUAAGACAAUAAUUUCAGUCUUGUCUUUGCUUAGUUGAAGGAAGUUUGACUGCAUCCAGUCGUUUACUUGUUCUAGACACUGACAGAGUGAGUCCAGUGGCCGACAGUCACUAGGUGAUAGGGCUAGGUAGAUCUGCGUGUCAUCAGCAUAGCUAUGAUAGGCGAUGUUGUUAUUAAGUAUGACCUGACCCAGGGGGAGCAUAUGUAGAUCAAAGAAUAGUGGUCCUAGAAUUGAGCCUUGGGGGACCCCACAUGUCAUAGUGAUCCCUAAUAGAGACUAUAGCCCCCGUCUUUGAGAUAGGAAUGGAACCAGCCAAGCAUUGUGACUGAUUGUCUCACCCAGUUUGUGAGUCUGUCCAGAAAGAUGUUGUGGUCCACAGUAUCGAAAGCUGCACUAAGGUCAAGCAUCAUCAGGACAGAUGCUUUACCUGAAUCACUGUUGAGACGAAUGUCGUUUAAUACCUUGUUCAGUGCAGUCUCUGUGCUGUUGUGCUGUCUAAACCCUUUUCUAACUCAAGACCACGACCUCUGAUCUAGGAGAGCUGAUUCACAUCCCAGCUGCUUCACACUCCGCUCCGAACCGCUUCAGUGAAAGCUGGAGAUUACGGUCUGUUGAAGCCAACGGGACCACAUCAUCUGCAAAAAGCGGAUAUUUGAUCCUUAGGUCACCUAAACCGAUCCCUUCAACACCUUGACUGUGCUUAAAAUAAUGUUCAUAAAAGUUUGGAACAGAAUCGUUGACCAAGGGCAGCCUUGGUGGACUCCAACGCUCACCGGGAACCAGCCUGACUUACCUGCCGGCAACAGUAACAAGUCAAUGUAAUUAUAUCUCAAAAUCUCCGUAUUUUUUCACUAGUUUGCAUCUCCACCCAGUCACCAGUCGUUAGAACCCAGUGAAACACUGACUUAAAUGGUUAACCCAAAUAUGUUCCUCCAAAUAAAUCAGGGUGUUAUUAAUAUUUAACACACAUGCAUUGUUAAAGAGACGCGAGAGGAGAAAAGCGACGAGCUUAACACUCGCUGACUUCACACAGUUUGACCAAAUGUAGUUUCCCCCCACCCUCUACACAUGUGGGAACACCCACAUACACACUUAUGCUGUUGAGCUGCAGGCUAACUCCAAGUGGAACCCAACAAAGACUUCACAUGAACAUACCAACCUCUUUUUUAUUGAUGGAGGAAGAUUUCUGCUUUCUGUUGCACAUGGAUACAGUCUCAGCAGACUCUCAAGAUCAGUUGAGAAACAGAAUAGAAGAAACAGCUGCACUUUUGUCAUCUGACAACAUCACAAAUACUGCUCUUCUCCUCUCCAGUAUCAUCCGAUGUGUAAGAGUUAGAGAUCAUCCCACCACUGCUCAGUGGCACUAGAGAGUAACGUGUCUGACAGCAGGAUGAGGUGUGUUUGUGUGAAAGCCACACCCCCUCUGAGCUGAUUCCAGUCAUCACAGCAGCAAUGAGGUGUACUCAACACCACUGCAUGCCUCUGUGACAGAUGGUCACCAUCCUGGAGGACAAGCACACACACGCACGCACACACACUCACUCACUGACAAUACGCACAGCCUGCCUCCUCACACAUGCCCACACAUACACACACACUUACACAACCCUGGGGAGACAUGGAGAAAAGAAACGGGGUCCGAUAGGACGGAAGAAUGAGAAGAAUUUGCGUCUUUCACGGCUUCCUACACAAAUGACUGACCGCUGGUGAUCGCUUGUGGUGAACAGAGGCGACAAUCCUGACACACACACCUCUCCCCCGCAGUCACGGAUUCUUGGAUUAGUCUGCCUCGGUGUAGAGUGUGGGAGUCUCGGAGCAGACCAACAUGGGGAACCAAGCAGGGAGACUGGAGGAAGCAGAGUCAGGACCCCAAGCAGCCAAGAAGUCUGGCAUCCCAGCUCCUAGAGAAAUCCCUUCAUCCAUUACCAGAGAUCGUGUGUCUCUAAGGGAUCAGCUGAGGAGCUCUUCCACUAAAAGAAUGGUUUCCAGUGCCAGCACUUCCAGCCUCUCCACCCUGGCGAAACAGACACGUGGCUCUUCCAAGUCCCGUGCAGACGUAGAGGGCCUGGAAAAAAGCCUCCUGGAGAGCCAGGUGAAGGAGUUGAUGGCUGAGGCGAAGGCUAAAGACUUGGAGAUCAGCAAUCUAAGGAUGGAGCUGCAGAGCUGCAAAAGUCAAACAAACACUGUCUCACAACAAGAGCAUCCAAGUGAUUGUGAGCAGGAGCAGGUGAAUGAGGCUCUGGUUCUGGUUGGGGAGCUCAGAGGGAAGAAUGAGAGGUUUCAGAGAGAGUUGGCAUCACUAAGAGAAGAGAAUCAAGCACUGAAGGAAAAGCUGCUCAGCUUUGAGGCUUCUCCUCUGAGCACAAACACAAGUUCCCCAUCUAGUACUCUGGUGAACGGGAUUCCCUCAGACUUCUCAGCUACCCAGCAGGACAGUCCUCCCUCCAAUCCCAGCCCCCUCAAAACCUCUGACUCCUUCAACCCUGACACUCUAAAGGAGUCCCCGUCACCUGACUCCUCUGAGUUUGAGAAGAUCCCAUCACGCUCCGAGUCAGGGAGUAGCAGCAUCAGCGGGGAAGCAGUGACUAGUGCUGGAGUUCAGGAUGUGUCAGUGAGGAGUCUGACGGAGCAAAUUCACAGGAUGGAGGAAAACCACCACAGCACAGCUGAGGAGCUGCAGGCGACGCUGCAGGAGCUGGCUGACCAGGAGCAGGUAGUGCAAGAGCUAACAGCUGAGAACGAGCGUCUAGCUGAGGAGAAGCGCCUCCUGCAGACCUCCUUUCAACAGCAGAGAGAACGUCUGGAGAUGUUGGCUCAGAAGAAUGAAACAUUUGCUGUCAGACUCCAGGAGCAGGCUCAGGCUCAGGCCCAGAGAGAGAUGGAGCUGGGUAGCCAAGUGCCUCGUCUGGCAGAGCUGGAGCAGAGGUACGCUGAGCUGGUGGAGAGCUCUCAGUUUGAACGGGAGAAGCUGGUGGACAUCCAGCAGCAGUUGACAGGCAGCCUACGGGCUCUAGAGGAGGAACACCAGGAGGCUCAAAGUCGGGUGCACUGCCUGAAGGAGGAGAUGGACAGGUUGCAGGCUCAGCUGGACAAGGAGGUGGAAAUCAGAGGUCAGGCAUCACAAGCAGCUGAGGAACACAGGGCAACAACAGAUUGUCUCAGACUGGAAAACAGUCGGCUGAAGGCACAAGUGGAUAUAGAGAGGCAAAAAGUGGGUGAGCUGAAGGCCAUGCAAAGUGCCAGCGACAGCACGGAGCUGCAGAAUUUACUGAAAACAGCUCACGCCGAGAGAGACAAGCUGGAGGUGAAGCUGACCGAGCUGAAGCAGGAGCUGCUUCAGGCUCGGGCUGAGACUGAGCAUGUGCGAGCCACCUUGUCCAAGCUGGAGGUCAAAUGCCAGCUAGUUCAGGAGCAGGCUGAGAGGAGAGAGCAGGAGCUCAGCACCCGAGUGACUUCUCUGGAGGAAGUUGGGAUUCAGGCAGAGAACCAGGUGAAGGAAAUGAAGGAGACCAUCUUUGAGCUGGAGGACCAGGUGGAGCAGCAGAGGGCUGUAAACUGUCACACCAAACAAGCUGUCCUGGACAUGGAGAAUCUGGUCAAAAAGCUGGAGGAGCAGAAAACAGAAGCAGAGCGACAGCUGAAGGUUUUCAGUCGACAGAUGAAGGAAGAAAAGGAGGAGUGGCGUCGUUUUCAGGCAGACCUCCAGACUGCGGUGGUGGUGGCUAACGACAUCAAAGUGGAAGCCCAGCAGGAGCUACGAAUGCUCAGGAGGCAGCUGCAGGAGGAGCAGGACCGCAAUGUGAAGCUUUCAGGAGACCUCGAGGCUCUGCAGGGAGUCAGGUCCCAAGGUGAAGAGGUGAGAGUGUCCGACAACGGUCACUGGUGUGGAAUCUCCAUGAUCCCCACCCCGGCCGACACCAGUGGAGAUGCCAGCUCCGAGCCAGGAGCUACUGUCAAAUCCCUCAUAAAAUCCUUUGAUACUGUUGGACAGAACGGACCAGCCCAGACAGUUCAGAUGCAGCUGUCACCAAGAAGCCCUCUCAGUGGGAUUCCUGUACGCACUGCACCAGCUGCUGCUGUCUCACCUAUCCAGAGACAUUCGUACAUAAAACCACUUUCAAAGGCUCUGGAUAAAAGAAUUAACCAUGGCGAGUUUUCUUAUUCUCAAGAUAAGUUGCCAGGUUUUGGGGGAGACCUGAAACCUAACAGCCUAAUGAGGAAGAGUCCCUCUUUGGAAAGCGUCAUCAAAAGUCCUGCGUCCUUCAGCAGCCGCGCUGCGCCAUUCAGCUACAUUCGUGGCAACAGUAAACUGAGUGUGGAAAGAAAAGACCCCUUGGCCGCUCUGGCGCGGGAGUACGGAGGAUCUAAGAGGAACGCUUUAUUGAAGUGGUGCCAGAAGAAAACAGAAGGCUAUCCGAACAUAGAUGUGACCAACUUCAGCAGCAGCUGGAGUGACGGCUUGGCCUUCUGUGCCCUUCUGCACACGUAUCUGCCGGCCCAUAUCCCUUACCAGGAACUCUUCAGUCAAGAAAAGGUCCGGAAUCUGACCCUAGCUUUCCAGGCUGCUGAGAGCGUAGGCAUCAAGCCGUCUCUGGACAUGGAGGAGCUGAUGAGGACCGACAGGCCGGACUGGCAGAGCGUCAUGCAGUACGUGUCCCAGAUCUACAAGUACUUUGAGACCUGAAAGGUUUGGAAGCUGGAGAUAUGGAUCAGAAGCUCUUCUGCUCCAUCCGUCUGCAUUAAAGUCACCCAUGCGACUGGAUGAAUGCUGCCCCUACAGUACUACAGCAUGCAGUGAGGGUCGAAAAGUGAGAUCAGAAAGAUUCAAGUUGGAAGUGUCAACCGUUUUUAUUUAUAAACGGAGGGUUUAGGAGUUAACGGCACAAUUAGAAGCUGGUUAAUAAUUUCUGUUUAAUGUUUACAAACACAAGAUUUUCAUUCACUUCAUUCACCUGCAAGGCUCAGUGCUGUUAAGACUUUUUAAAACUUAGUUACGUUAAAAUGUGCCAAAAUUUCAGCCGAAAAAUACGUGCACAAGACUCUCCAAACUAUGCAUGAUUAGGAUGUGAUUUUGUUCUUCAGGAAGCAAGGAAAGACCAGAAAUGACAACUUAACUUGGAGUACUGUUUCAUUUCUACUCUGAGGACGUUUGAAAUAACAGCUGACGUGUUAAUCUGAAGCCUCUUUAGGUCAUACAGUGGGGCAAAAAAGUAUUUAGUCAGCCACCGAUUGUGCAAGUUCUCCCACUUAAAAUGAUGACGGAGGUCAGUAAUUUACAUCAUAGGUACACUUCAACUGUGAGAGACAGAAUGUGAAAAAAAAAUCCAUGAAUUCACAUGGCAGGAUUUUUAAAGAAUUUAUUUGUAAAUCAGGGUGGGAAAUAAGUAUUUGGUCAAAAACAGAAAUUCAACUCAAUACUUUGUAACAUAACCUUUGUUGGGGGCAGCAGUAGCUCAACAGGUUGAGCGGAUUGUCCAGUAAUCGGAGGGUUGCAGGUUCGAUCCCGGCUCCGGACAGAGAAUUCUGCUGUUGUGUCCUUGGGCAAGACACUUAACCCACCUUGCCUGCUGGUGGUGGUCGGAGGGUCCGGUGGCGCCUGUGCUCAGCAGCCUCGCCUCUCAUCUCCACCAGUGUAUGAAUGUGUGUGUGAAUGGAUGAAUGAUGUACUGUAGUGUAAAGUGCUUUGGAGCCCUUACUCUGAGAGGCGCUAUACAAGUGCAGGUCAUUUAUCAUUCAUUUGGCAAUAACAGAGGUCAAACAAUUACUAUAGGUCUUUACCAGGUUUGCACACACAGUAGCUGGUAUUUUGGCCCAUUCCUCCAUGCAGAUCUUCGAGAGCAGUGAUGUUUUGGGGCUGUCGCCGAGCAGCACGGACUUUCAACUCCCUCCACAGAUUUUCUAUGGGGUUGAGGUCUGGAGACUGGCUAGGCCACUCCAGGACUUUCAAAUGCUUCUUACGGAGCCACUCCUUUGUUGCCCGGGCGGUGUGUUUGGGAUCAUUGUCAUGUUGGAAGACCCAGCCACGUUUCAUCUUUAAAGCUCUCACUGAUGGAAGGAGGUUUUGGCUCAGAAUCUCACGAUACAUGGCUCCAUUCAUUCUGUCCUUAACACGGAUCAGUCGUCCUGUCCCCUUAGCAGAAAAACAUCCCCAAAGCAUGAUGUUCCCACCCCCAUGCUUCACAGUAGGUAUGGUGUUCUUGGGAUGCAACUCAGUAUUCUUCUUCCUCCAAACACGACAAGUUGAGUUUAUACCAAAAAGUUCUACUUUGGUUUCUUCUGACCACAUUACAUUCUCCCAAUCCUCUUCUGUAUCAUCCUUGUGCUCUCUGGCAAACUUCAGACGGGCCUGGACAUGCACUGACUUAAGCACGUCUGGCACUGCAGGAUUUGAUUCCCUGCCAUUGUAGUGUGUUACUGAUGGUGACCUUUGUUACUGUGGUCCCAGCUCUCUGCAGGUCAUUCACCAGGUCCCCUGUGUGGUUCUGGGAUUCUUGCUCACCGUUCUCAUGAUCAUUUUGACCCCACGGGAUAAGAUCUUGCGUGGAGCCCCAGAUCGAGGGAGAUUAUCAGUGGUCUUGUAUGUCUUCCAUUUUCUGAUAAUUGCUCCCACAGUUGAUUUUUUCACACCAAGCUGCUUGCCUAUUGUAGAUUCACUCUUCCCAGUCUGGUGCAGGUCUACAAUUCUUUUCCAUAUGUCCUUCGAAAGCUCUUUGGUCUUGGCCACAGUGGAGUUUGGAGUCUGACUGUUUGAGGCUGUGGACAGGUGUCUUUUAUACAGAUAAUGUGUUCAAACAGGUGCCAUUAAUACAGGUAUCGAGCGGAGGACAGAAAAGCUUCUUAAAGAAGACGUUACAGGUCUGUGAGAGCCAGAGAUUUUCCUUGUUUGAAGUGACCAAAUAUUUAUUUUCCACCCUGAUUUACCGAUAAAUUCUUUAAAAAUCCUGCCAUGUGAAUUCAUGGAUUUUUUUUCACAUUCUGUCUCUCACAGUUGAAGUGUACCUAUGAUGUAAAUUUCUGACCUCUGUCAUCAUUUUAAGUGGGAGAACUUGCACAAUCGGUGGCUGACUAAAUACUUUUUUGCCCCACUGUAAAUCCUUCUUUUCCACUAAAUAAAUCUGAGAGUUUAAGAAUUGCCAAAUAGUUUUAUAGGAGCAUUUUUAUAGGAUCUGAACUGUUCUCAGCAUCAAGGAUGGGUUCAUUCGGACCAUCCUGCGUCCAGUUUCACACGUGUUGCCAUAACAGUUCUUGGAUGACAAGCUUCUACAUACAGAUGUGUGUUUGCUUAUUUUGAGAGAUAAAACAUGUUAUUUAUUUAUUAACAGAGGAUGCAUAUUGAAAAGUAAGAAUUGAUGCUGUUUUCUAUUGACGGGUACUGGAUGUUGAGGCUCGCCGGAGGAGUUUUGUUUAAUAAAGAUUGUUUGAAUCAUU